UGUGUAAUGUUAUGGUCGUUCAGCCCUUUUGUCUCUCUGCUUUUUGAUGUGAACAGUGCUGAAGCUGUGGUGGAGCUGCCUGUUUUGUGAUGGCGGACCGGGGUCUGAACCAGGGCAUACUGAAGCACACACAGUCACACAGCGCAGCUUUUCAGCAUUGCUUUUGAUCCACCGUGUCCAGACACGGUGAAAAAAACAGCAGAUCCUCAGCCAUUUAUCAUCCUUGCUGGGUGACCAGAAUAACUAUCAGGACCGGCCCUUUUUCGGUGUCCUCACAGAGCCCCCUCUGCACUUGUGCCGUCAUCCUGGCGUGGGGAGAUUGAUCGCGAUCCAGGCAGCGCGGACCGCAUGAACCGCAUCCUUUGGGAAGUCUGAAUGGACAGCAGGAACACUCCCAAGCCCAGGGGGCCAGCCUCUCAGCGCCCUGCUGGCACCACGUCCUCACCGAUGACACUCAAGUCUGAGCUCAACGAGGACUACGACCUUCAGGAAGUGCUCUGGCAAGAUGAUGCCAAAGACAGGAAGAACGGCAAAGACAGCGGCGGGAAGCUGCCAGCCGAGAUCUGCGUGGUGAUUGGGGGGCCCCGGAGCCCGCAGACCCUUGGGUCCUACGUGUGUGGAAUCUGUGGAAAGAAAUACAAGUACUACAACUGCUUUCAGACUCACGUGCGGGCUCACCGAGAAACAGAAACGGGAGCAGGAGAGGGGAGUUCCCAAGGAGCAACCAGUGAGUGGAUUCUUUCAAAUUUACCAGAGGAACAAAUACACCAAGAAACACAAAAUGUCUCUUUGCUUUCCUGUUUCGUAGAUAACUUCCGGUAUGCCUGCGACAUCUGUGGGAAGAAGUAUAAAUACUACAGCUGCUUCCAGGAGCACAGGGAUCUGCACGCAGUGGAUGAUCCCUAUGAUCAGGCUGUCAUUCCAGUGGACGAUCCCAAAGAGGAGGAACUGACGGAACCUUUCCAAAAAAUCGGACCAAAAACCGGGAACUACAUUUGUGAAUUCUGUGGAAAACAGUACAAGUACUACAAUCCUUACCAGGAGCACGUAGCUUUGCACGCACCCAUAAGUUGGUCCAUUGAGAUGCAAGCACCUCGUUCACGGCUACGUCCUGCCAGCAGCAGAAAACGUGGCCCCCCACAAACAGAACGCAGCCAAAUAGAAAGUGCUUUUAGCAGGAAAGCCGAAAGCAAAACACAAAACAGCGUGGAGGAAACAAACAGUUCCCAGAACUCCAGUGGAGGAACCAGCCCCUUGAUUUCCAACCCCUUUCCUCUUCUACAAAAGCCGUACACAUGUGGUGCUUGUGGGAUUCAGUUCCAGUUUUACAACAACCUGCUGGAACACAUGCAGUCCCAUGCAGCGGACAAUGAAAACAGUGUGGUGGUUGAGCAGCCCAAAACAUCUUCCACCCCUGCUCCUGCUCCUGCUCCUGCACCUGCUCCAGCACCUGCUCCUGCCCCUGCUCCUGCUCCUGCCCCUGCUCCAGUUACCAGUGAACAGCAAUGGAAAUCCCCACCCCAAAGAAACCACACCACCAACUCCAACAGCACUGUACCAGAGAAAGAACGGCAACAGAUUGCUGAGAGACUACUGAAAGUGAUGUACGCUGAUCUGGGAGCAGCGAGUGUCCUGAACACAAAAGACUUCAUGAAAUUAACACAGACGCUGGUUGAUGCUGGAGCGCAAUACGGCGCAUUCUCUGUCACAGAUGUUCUGGGUGAUAUGAACACGCUAGCCUUGAAGCACUUACCCAGAAUGUAUAACCAGGUGAAGGUGAAGGUGACCUGUGCCCUGGGCAGCAACACCAGCCUGGGGAUCGGCGUCACGUGCCACUCCCAGAUGGUGGGUGUCGACUCCUGCUAUGUGCUCACCGCGUAUCAGGUGGAAGGAUCCCAGAGGAAGCGCUAUGUCCUGGGGGUCAAGGAGGUGGACGUGAAGGAGUGUGGCGAGCAGGUCCAUCACUGGGUGCAGAACGUCCUUUCGGAGUUUGUGAUGUCCGAGAUCCGCACCAUUUACGUGAUGGACUGCAAAGUGAGCUUGGCUGCCUUCUUCAAGGCUGGGAUGUGCCUGGGCUGCUCAGCCUGUGCCUUAAACUGUGUGGUGCAAAGCGCGCUGAAUAAGAGAACUCUGCAGGCCCGCAGCAUGCACGAGGUGAUAGACCUUCUCAACGUGUGCGAGGACAUGGCUGGAUCUGCUGGCUUCUCCAGAGAGACCUUUGGCUCCCUGGAAGAAGCACCAGCGCCACCCUGCUGGGACUCCGUCACAGAGUCUCUGCUGCUGGUGAACGAACGCUACGAGCAGAUCUGUGAGUUUUACAGCCGGGCCAAGAAGAUGAGCCACAUCCAGAACCUGAACAAGCAGCUGCUGUGUAACCUGGCGGCUAUCCUGGCCCCAGUAAAGCAGGCAGUGGUGGAGCUGAGCUGUGAACAGAAGCCCACGCUACAGCUGGUGCUUCCCACCUACGUCAGACUGGAAAAACUCUUCACGGCCAAAGCCAACGACGUCGGUGCUGUAAGCAAGCUCUGCCACUUCUUCCUGGAGGCUCUUAAGGAGAACUUUAAAGUGGAGCGAGCACACAAAGUAGCUAUGAUUCUGGACCCCCAGCAGAAACUGAGGCCGGUUCCUGCUUACCAGCAUGAGGAGAUAAUCAGCAAGGUGUGCGAGAUGAUUACAGAGAUCCGAGAGAUGAGGGGAGAGGACACCGAUAUGGAGCCCAGCACCAAGAAGGCCCGGCUGGCCAGCAGCAACAGUAAAGCUCAGGGAAGUGACGAGAAACAGGUCAAGAAAGAAGUUUACGAAUAUUUGGCAGAACCUCUGUUCCAAGCGACUCCGGAUCUGUUCCAGUACUGGUCGUCAGUCACCCAGAAGUAUCCCAGACUAGCCAGGCUGGCUUUCUGGCUGCUGUCUGUGCCGGCGGUGGGUGCGAGGAGCGAGUCUGUCAGCAUGUGCGAGCAGGCGCUGUCAAUGAAGAAGAGGAGACAGGUGACCCCAGAGGAAAUGAAUAAACUUCUUUUCUUGAAGUCAAACAUGCCUUGAACAGGUCACUAGGAAAAAUAGUUUUCAAAAUCAAAAUAAUACUAAGAGGUGCUAAAUCUUAACUAAAGGCCAAGGACAAACACUCCAAUAGAAAUGUUUGAUUUGCACCGUGCUGAAUAUCGGGAGAACAGCCUGCAGCCAUUAGUGCAAACGUGUGGAUAGCUUCUAGAGGAAAUGGCCAAAUGGACAGAGUUCUGUAUUGUACUGGUCAAACACUUUCAGCUUGGUAGGGUCACGGCUGCUGUCCUGUUUUAUAUAGCAAAAGAAAACAGCAUCAGAAAUCCUCCACACAUCUGAAACAUUUUAAACGCUUGGAUUUAUUUAGAUUAAGUUGGUCAGCGUUCCCCUUCUGUGUUUUUUUUUUUUAUCUUCUCCUGAACAGUUUGUUUACGUGUUUUUAUUUUAUUCUUUUAAUAUCACUAUGUUACACAAUUUGUGUUCCUGGCUAGUAAGUGUUAUUUCCUAAUUGCUUAUGCCUCAAAAGUAUAGAAAAUGGCUAUUAUUCCCCACAAACUUUGCUUUUGUGACCAGGACAGUGAUAUUUUGAAAUUUACCUAUUUCCAAUGAGAAAACGGGCGAAUUUGUGUCUUCGUUCACAUAAAGUCAGAAAAAAACAACAUAUGAAUCCAAAUUAACAUGUAUUUAUACUAAAGCAAUACAAAAAUGACUACAAAAGAUUUAGAAGUGAGUAGUUUUUCGAGAUUUAUUAUUAUACUGUAAAUCACUUUCACGAAUCAGCCCCCAAAUGUAGUCUCCCAUCAUGUUCUCGUUAUACUGUCCUUGGUAGCGGCGUUCAAAGUCCAGUAUAUCCUGGUGGAAGCGCUCGCCUUGCUCCUCCGAGUACGCUCCCAUGUUCUCCUUGAAUUUAUCAAGAUGAGCAUCAAGGAUAUGGACUUUGAGGGACAUCCUACAGCCCAUUGUGCCGUAGUUCUUCACCAGAGUCUCAACCAGCUCCACAUAGUUUUCAGCCUUGUGAUUGCCCAGGAAGCCCCUGAACCACUGCGACAAAGCUGUUCCAAGCCGCUUUCUCCUUACUAGUGAGCUUCUUGGGGAAUUCAUUGCACUCCAGGAUCUUGACUAAUGUGUAAGAGAUUCUUGCAACAUUUUUCAUAUAUGAUAUAUUUUUUCAAUAACAUUUUAAAAUUUAAAACUUUUACAAUUUUAAAAAUUAACAAAUUUUAUAACAUAAAAUUCCGAGCAACAAUUGUCCAUCUUACCUUCCAGAGUUUUUUUUUGCAAUGCUCGCAGGUGAAACGAGGUGCCCAGGGUUUGUCUUGAUCCCCGACAGGCAUGCCGAAAUAUGCCUUGUAGGCCUCACACAUCUUGGCAGAUGCUUCCACUGAGUACUUUUUCGCUCUUGUCUUGAUAAAUUGGCUGCAGACAUAGCAAAAUGUGUCUGCCGGAUGCUUGCAGCCUCUUGAUGCCAUCUCAGAAAAAUGCAGAUAUGUAUCCACUUAGGCAGCUGGAACUAAACUGAACUGGUGGGCUUAAGGCCCCUGUAUUUAUACUACUAUUUAUAUUACUGGAAAGUUCUAGAAAGUUCUAGACGUUACUCCAAGUUUACUCAGCACUGAAUCUAUCUGGAAUGUUCUGGAAAAUAGGUACAUUUCAAAAUAUCACUGUCCUGGUCACAAAAGCAAAGUUUGUGGGGAAUAAUAGCCAUUUUCUAUACUUUUGAGGCAUAAGCAAUUAGGAAAUAACACUUACUACCCAGGAACCAAAAAAAAAAAAAUUGUUACACAGUGUAUUUCAUAGUAUUUUAGAACAGUAUUGUACAGCCACGAAUGUCAUUCAAUACUAUUUUUGAGAACAAAGCUUGUUAUAAUGUUUUAUAUGUAAAGCCACAUAUAUUUAACUAUUUCAUUCAAAUUGAUAGCAUUUUAAUAAAAAAUGGGUUUAGAUGCAAACCGAGGAGUGUAAAUUCAACCUAACCUAGCUUUACUAACAAAACCUGCUUGUGUCCCGAGAUCUGCCACUUGUACAUAGAUAAUAAAUCCGCCACAUACCUGUUUAACACACACAGUAUCUAUCUAUCUAACAAUGGCGAACUCGCUGCAGUAUAGAGUAUAAAUACAGGUUGUAUUAAUUCAUAAGCAAUAUUCAAAUCAAAAUAAGUUGCCUAUUGCUGAAACAUUUACACAUACAAGGCACCACGUGUCACAGCUGCAUUUGAGCUUGCCCUUGUGUAAGUUUGUUUUCUUUUAAAUAUCAUUGUAUGUUUGGGUGGUGUUGCGGGUGCUACAUCAGUAUUGAUAACAGCCCUGCCCAGAGUAAGCAGGAAAGCAGCGUUGUAUGUAUUGCAUUGUAUAUAGAACUAUUUUUGUGAGGGGAAACAGAACAUUUUGGAUGUCAGACACUGAAUGUAUAGGAGGGUACGCAUGUCCAUGCUGUGUGAGUACUGUAGAGUCAGGGGACUGUAUCUCUAAACUACCAGAGAACACUCAUUAUUACAGCUGCUCCCUAGAGGGUCACUUUUUAAAUAUUUUAUUUUUAAACGGGUGGUGGAUGUUUUAUGAAGCAAUGUCCCAGACGAUUAUAAUUUCAAAAACAAAGGCAGUUACAACACCUUUUUUUAUUUCAUUUUUUUUUUCUUCUAAUUUACAAGGGAAAAUCAGAGUGAAGGGGAUUAUAUACUGUAUAGACCUACCCCGCACACCCAGACUGGCACUGUGCUGGCAAUGGUGAAAUUGAUUUUCAUGCCAGCGUUUCCAGUUGAAGAGAACAAAAUCACAGCGCCAUGAUUGCAUUAAAAAUCCUGUUCCAACCAAACCUCUUCAAAGGGUUGUUUUUUGGACAAUUUCCUGUUGAGCUACACAGCUCAGGGCUGGCACACACCCCUCAAUGCAUUCACUUUGGGGGGGGGGGGGACGUUUUUUUUGCAGUUUAAUAUUUUGUGUUACUGUUUCAAGCUCAGGUCCUAAUAACCUAAGGGGAGGUUAGGUGUUCACUUUCUCUGUCUGUUCUUCUGAGCAACUACAAAUGGAAACUAAUGUCAGACAAUACAAUUCAAGUUCAUCUAGAAAUAAUUAGCCAGACAAAGCCUUUGUGGUGGGGGUGGGGAAACGGAACAAAAACACCUAUCAGUGUUUGUAUAAAAAUGCAUGUAUUUUACCUUGCAGUGAAGCAGAAGCUGAACAUAGCUGUAUAUGAUACUGUUACGUCCUGGAUGUCUCAAUAUUUGACACAUGGUAAAGGAUUGCAGUAUUGAACCGGCAUGUACAUAUAAGCUGCAGUUCUAUUUUCAUCCCAGUAGAGGGCGCUACUGUGAAACAAACUGGCAUCCCUUUGCUCCUCAGAACUAUUCUGUAUAGUACUGCUCCUUUACACUAUACACUUGGUAAACUUGCAAGGCAGACACUUUGAGCACGCUCUGUGUUUCUGUGAGAGAAGUCAAACACAAAGAAAACAUGGUUUAAAAUGUUCUGUACUGUUGCUUUGUAGUAAAGACAUUUUAAGAUGAAAAGAAACCAAAUAGUCCUUUCUUGAAAACAAUUGAAAUUGUGUGUAUAUAGUGUUAUCUGUAGCAAACCAAGCUCCUCGCUUCCUACUGCCAUCACACAUGUUGUGGGUUUUAUAGAAAUAUGGGCUCUUGUCCUUAAUAAAUAGAAACUCAAUUAACAUAUUUGUUUAGAACUCUGUCCUUUUUUUUUUUUUUUUUUUUUUUGCAUUCUGUCAUAUUAGAAGCAGGCACUCCAAACCUAACCCUGCUUUAACUGUAGGAUGUGUUCAUCUCUAAACAGAUGCUACAGUUUACGGCAGUGUUUUCUACAGGGCUUGCCAGAUAUUUCUUAUUCCUCAUAUGAUUUAUGUAUUUAAUAUUUCUUAACUACCGGUAGUAGUUUUAAUUUAUACUUUUGUAGCAACACACUAUUUUUCUAAAUUACCAAUGAUAGCAUUAAGUCAUGUUUCAGAAUGCCUGGACCUCACAGCACUGUAUUCUGUAUUUAAUAAACAUUACCUAACAUUGUAUGCGCUGUAUUCUGUAUUUGAUAAACAUUACCUAACAUUGGAUGUGCUGUGUUAAUAAAAAAUGAAGUGUCA